AUGGCCAACAAAACUCAAGUACCGAUCAUCACAUUCUCUGCAACAAGCCCUCUUUUGACAUCCAUCAACAACCCUUACUUCGUCCGAGCCACUCUCGACGACUCACUUCAUGUCGACGCCAUUGCAGCCGUUGUGAAAUACUUCGAGUGGAGAAGCGUCGUGGCCAUGUAUGUGGACAACGUUUUAGGUAAUGGAAUCAUGCUUCACUUGUCUGACGCGUUACAAGACGUGAAAGUCUAUAGGAGUGUGAUCUCUCUGGAGGCUACCGAUGACCAGAUAUAUAAGGAACUUAAUAAGCUCAUGACGGAGCAGACGAGGGUAUUCGUUGUCCACGUUGCAUCAAGUCUCGGAUUCCGAGUUUUGCAGAAAGCUAGAGAGAUCGGAAUGAUGGAGGAAGGGUACGUGUGGAUACUAUCAAACGGAAUAACAGAUAUGUUGAGAUAUAACAGUCGUGGCUUGGAGACUGUGCAGGGCGUGUUAGGUGUGAGGACUCAAGUCCCCCAAACAAAAGAGCUUAAAUAUUUCCGCACGAGAUGGAAGAGGAAGUUCGUGAAGGAGAAUCCAUCGAUGGAGGAUAAUGAAAAUGGAGAGCCAAACGUUUUCGCGCUAUGGGCCUAUGAUUCGAUCACUGCAUUGGCCAUGGCUGUGGAGAAAACAAACAGAAAGAGCUUGAGUUAUGGUAAUGGGAAUGCCUUGUCAAACAACAAGACAGAUUUAGGAACCCUAGGACUCGAGUCAUCAACGUUUGAGAUCAUUAAUGUCGUUGGAAAUAAAGAGAAUAUUAUUGGAUUCUGGAGCCCAAGCAAUGGACUCGUGAAUGCAAAGUCAAACAACACUAUAAUGUUAGGGGAGGUGAUAUGGCCUGGAAAGUCGACACUUAGACCAGCAGGUUGGCAGAUUCCGACAAACGGUAAGAAGCUUAGAGUGGGGGUUCCAGUGAAGAAAGGAUUCUUGAAUUUGAUAGAGGCCGAAAUAAUAGAACCGAGCAAUAACACAUUAACGAUCCCAAAGGGUUACACCAUAGACAUCUUUGAAGCUGCUCUUAAGAAGUUGCCAUACUCAGUCAUUCCUCAAUACAUCCGUUUGGAGUAUGAUGAGUACAACAAUUGUGUCUGUCAACUCAGAAACGGGAAGUUGGAUGCACUCGUUGGAGAUGUAACAAUCACAGCGGACCGGUCUUUGAAUGCUGACUUCACGAUACCGUUCACAGAGUCUGGAGUUUCUAUGAUGGUGCCACUGAGAUACAAUGAGAUCAAGAACAUAUGGGUAAUCAAUGACGACUUCCGUGGACCGCCUCACCACCAGAUUGGCACUAGUUUCUGGUUCUCCUUCUCUACCAUGGUCUUUGCCCACCGUGAGAAGGUGGUAAGCAACUUAGCAAGGUUUGUGGUGGUUGUGUGGUGCUUUGUGGUGCUAGUGCUGACUCAAAGCUACACAGCGAAUCUCACAUCUGUCCUGAUGGUAAAACGACUACACCCAACGGCGACAACUGUGGAAGAUCUCAUUAGAAAUGAGAAGCCUGUAGGGUACCAACGCGGUGCUUUCGUUAAAGAUAUUCUACAAGAUUUGAAAUUUAGUGAAACUCAGCUCAAGCCUUUUGAUUCCGCCGAAGAGUGUGACCAGCUCUUUUCCAAUGGGACAAUUGUGGCAGCUUUCGACGAAGUGGCCUACCUUAAGGCUAUCAUUUCUAAGAACUGCUCCAAAUACGCCAUGGUUGAGCCUUUCUACAAAACUGCUGGUUUUGGCUUCGCAUUUCCCAAGAAUUCACCUCUGACGGAUGAUUUCUCAAGGGCUAUCUUAAAUGUGACUCAAGGCGAAGAAAUGGAAAUCAUCGAGAACAAAUGGUUCAAGAAAGACGGUGACUGUCCUGAUCCAAGGACCGCUCAUUCGUACCGUCUCAGCCUCAGUAGCUUCUGGGGUCUAUUUUUAAUAGCAGGCAUUGCUUCGUUCUUGGCAUUUCUUGUCUUUGUUGCCCUCUUCUUGUACGAACACAGGCACACUCUAUGUGAUGCUUCCGAAGGUUCCUUGUGGAGAAAGCUAAAGUUUUUGUUCAGAAUCUUGGAUGAGAAGGACAUGAAUUUGCAUACGUUCAAGAACAAUGCCGUUCAUAAUGUGAUUUCACCAAUAACUCAGUGCACUUCGAGCCCUUCGACUGUGCAGAUGACCAGACCAUGGCCACGUAGCAUGUCAUUAAACAGGAAUUUUGAGCUAAGAAGGGUCUCUUUAUUCAUGAGCGAAGAACGUUUCACAACGCUACCGAAACAUGAUGAAAAUGGAGAAUCUGAUAUCGAAUCUGGAGCUAAAUGA